AUGUGUUCGAUUAUUCAGUCAAAUGUUAGUGCUAAAGAAUGUGCCGAUAGUGUAUUUGAUAUGAAUUUACGACCUGAACAAGAAAUACAAGUAUGUCAAAUAAUUCUUGAUGGUGCUACACAACAACAAAUAUACGAACAUUUGUUUGCUUUACUUGCUGUAGAACUUUAUCAAUAUGAUACUGUAGAUAGUCUUGAAAAUGUUCAAUUACGAAAUGUUGCAAAAUUUUUUGCACAUUUAAUUUUUAAUAAAGCUAUAUCAUGGGGUGUACUUGACUCCUUUCAUUCAAUUGAAGAAGGUACAACAUCAUCAGCGAUAAUAAUUCUAGCAAUACAUGCAUAUUAUUCUCAUGCAAUUAAAUUAAAUAUUUCUGAUCCAUUGUCAUUAGAUGUUGCUGUUAUUGAUGCAUCAAUACUUCUUUAUGAUGUACAACAAGAAACUGUACAAGUUAAUAGAUUUACAACUAUUUUAAUAGGAUUAAGAACUUUAGCUGAAACUAAACAAUCUUCAUCAAUCAAUGAUGAUAAUGUGAAUAAAUCAGCAUGUAUAUUUGUUAUGCAAACAUUAAGUCAUCAAAAUUCCAUCUUAUGUUGUGUAGCUGAUGAAAUUCUUGGUAAUUUAACACAAGUUAUUUGUGAUGGACAUUUUGUUGCUGAUAUAGCACAAAUAUAUUUUGAUCGUUUGAAAGAAUUUCAUGAUAUUUCAUCUCAUACAGGUUAUUUAUUAGCACUUGAAUGUUUACAUCGUUAUAUUGAUGGAGAUAGUACAGAAUUAUAUUUAAAUUUAUCUCUAUCAAUACUACUUGUACUUGGAAAAGAUCAAUCAACAUCAAUUGUUCAAGUAUGA